AUGGUUCAAUCAAAACGCAUUGUGGCUGCUCUGGCCUACCUCAUCAAUAUUGGCGUGAGCGGUAGCCCAUGCAAGCCACACAACCCGACUGCUACAACUGAGACAGCUUCUUUUGUUACUUCUCAAUCAACAGUAUCAGGAUCAUCUACCAUACUACCGUCUGCUACCAAGACCGGGUCGGUUACGGAAUCCACUGUUUUAAUCGAGUCCACCGCUGCCAUCGACACUACUACUGUUAUCGAGGCUUCAACGACCGGUUUCUCUUCAACAAUCGAGACAACAACUACCGCUGUAGCCACCACGUCUUCUGCUGCUGCCGAGAUCCCUUGCGCCAACCAAAUCUAUCGUGGCAACGCUUUGAGUCGUGGCUACAAAGAAACUGAAGCCGCCAGUGAGCAGGAAUGCUGGGAGAACUGUGUUGAUGACGAGAACUGCAACUCUUGGUUCUACCUUACAGCAGGUGCUUGCAACCUGUACACAGAUACCUUGUCUCAGUUCAGCACCCCUUCUAACGAAGAGGGUCUCCUGAUUGGAUCGCGCAACUGCUCUCCUCGAGACUAUGAAGAGUGUAAUGAUAACAUUGGCUUUGGUUGGAUCGAUAAACAGCCUGAUGAUCAUACCAGCAACGUCCUACUCGAAACCGACUGUGCUCAUCUGUGCAUGAAGAACGGCCUUUGCGAUGUUUGGCAAUACGACAGUCUCUCGCAGACUUGCAACAUGUUCUCUGGUUCCUUUUCCGACAUAGCCACUCUAGACUCUGAAGGUACAGCAAUCGGCAGAAAGAUGCUCAUCGGUGCACGAAGCUGCUCUUCUGACUUCUUUAAACCUGUACUUGGGGCAUGUAAUGGGGAGAUGGCAUGGGGUAAUAAUUGGCCACAACCUUACAGAUCUUUCAAUCAGUACAGCACUGUUGCUACAUGUGCGCGAGCCUGCUCGAUUGACCCCAUGUGCUUAUCUUGGUAUGUUUGGGAUGGUCACGGGGAUUGUGAAUUCUCGCAGCUUGUUCUCUGGAGAGAUGCAACCGAUAUCGCUACUGCAGGCUCUCGAAACUGUGGUGUUCCUUGA